AUCAAAACAGGAGUCAUGGCGGUGGAGAAUCGGCGCCAGAAGUUAUGUAGGUCAUCAGUUCGUUGGCCCUGAUUAUUUGUAAGACAAAAUGCACUUUUCAGUUCCUGAUACCGUUGAGCUUACAGACAAGAGUGGAUCAAAGUAUCUGGUCAGUAUUCAGCUCGCUAGCGAUAAAAAUUCAUUUGAUGCACGGUUUAAAACUCAUUGAUCCUGCCUGGUACCAAAUAAUUUGCUUCUACACAUUGUUAUGCUUUUUCUAUCCAUUGGAAGGGAUCUCAAGCUCAGUUUUUCCAACAGCCAAAACAAAUUGAUUCCUAUAAAGUUUGGUUUUUACACAAAAGGCGGUAUUUUUACUCCUUAAUGUCAACAGAAGGCAGGGCCUUCUCAGUUUCCUUAAAUGGUGUAAUUAACAUAAGGUUAUAUAGUAUUACCAUUGACCUUGUAGAAGUUUGUAAAAAAAACUUUAAGUUAAGUUAAGUUAAGAACUCACAAUAUGAAGCACUAAAUACUACUUUGAAGUACCAUUGAGUAGCUUUUGUUUCUUGGCGUUAUGGGAUGAUUACUUUGUUUCUGUUAAUUAUGAAGACGAUGUUAGUGCGUUUUCAAUCAGAACUGUUGUUCAAAGUUUGCGUAUGUGCACAAGCUGAUAUAAGUUGAGCUCGUUAUUUUACUUGUAUAUUUCCAUAGCACAAUCCUUUCCUGGAUCAUUAAGGUUUCACACAGCUACUUUUGUGGGUUUUGCAGAUUUCAAGGUCUGGACUUGAUUUAAACAUAAAAAUGUGCAUGUUGUUUAUUUGCAUUUUCUUUGAGGUUAUUUUCUAAUUCUUUGUUUGGGGUGACUCCAUAUCAAGUACUUUUCCCCUCAUGUUGUUCAAAGUUGAACAUUCACCCUGCUCCGGCUCCCUAUUAGGUGGAGGGGGAUGUUGGGGAUUUAGGUGUUGUACAUGGUGUUGGUCAUUAAUUUUUUAUUUGUAUGGUAUUUUGGUGAAGUAUUAACAAUAUUACCGGAUGAGGGUUAGCAAAAUAUUGUGCUUUUUUCAUUGGCAAGCAGAUCAAUUUUGAAGCUUUCAGCAAAUAAUUGGUCUGCGAGACAAAUCACCUUAUUUUGCGAUAACCGAUUUCAAUGAUAUUACUGCUUUAUCAUUCGAUCACCAAGUUUCUUCUUUUCAUGAAUAUCUUUGGAAUGUGAAUUGAUAUCCCAUUUUAACACGAGAGCAAUCACAAGAAGGGGAAAAGUGUGGUUUCUUUUAUGCUUGAGCAGAAUAUUAUUUGCAGCCAAACACAGUUGGACGACAUUGUGCAUUCAUCAGAGCAGAUGUCUAUUUGUAGGCAGUUCUUUGCGGGUUACGUGGUGGGCUCUCGGCCAGUGAAAAGGAAGAAAAAUUUGCAUCGAAUGAUAAAAUCCCUUCUUGAGGUAUUGUGGUGGUCUCAAUCUGUACAGUGUGCGAUGUUUCUACUUUUAAACCUUUGGUGUUCAAAAAAGUGAAAUUCUUUGCAGUGUUACAGUUUCCUGUUUGCUAUUGUCAGAACCAAAUUUAGCUUUGUAUCUGUCCUUGUUUACUGUUACACCUACAUGUGUACUCUAACUGCUUGUCCCCGUAGAACGUUGCAUCCUUGACCGCACAGCAGAAACUGUCUCAGUCAAUUGCCAAUCUUCCAACUUCUGUUAGUGACAUGUCAAAAACAUCCUGUAUGUCCCUUCUCCACUUCCUUCUUGGUCUUCCUCUUUCUUUAUUCCCAUCUAUCUUUUGAAUCAGUUGAUAUGAACUAAACAAAAUCAAUGGAAUGUUGAGGUGGACAUGGGGGUGUACAGUAUUUUGUGGUAUUGAGCUUUUUUUGAAGCGAUAUUUCGGUAAUUUUGAUUUUAAUGUGUGGUAUUGCUGUAUCAUCUAGCCCUCGCAGCGGUUAAUGUGGUUUUUCAUCCUUUUGGUUAACGGUAUUCUGUAAAAGAAGAUCCUUCACGGUAUUGCACUACCAUUCAUUUGCACUCUCCUGUCUAAUAUAGGUGAAUACAACAUUCAGCAUGAACCACAGUAAGCUAAACAGGUUAAUAAAAGUUAGUAUUUUGAAGACUUCAGACUUAAUGGUAAAUGAUUACACAAUCUAUGAUGAAAUUGGAAGGGUAUCCAAUGACUGGGUUCUUCUUAUUAUUGUUGUACCAAUCAAUUCAUACAUACAUACAUACAUACAUACGUUUAUUCAAAACAUUCAAAAAACAAAGAUAAAUAUAUACAAAGAAUGCUUUGAAAAGGGAGUUUGAGAGGUUGGCCCUAUGUAAAGAACUCCCAAAAGAAAAAUCUUAAAAAUAUUCUAAUAUUAAAAUGUAAUGUUAAAAAUGUACGUCCAAAAAGGUAGCUAAAAAUAAAGCCAAUAAGGAAUAAAAAGAAAAUACUACAAAAUAUUUAAAAAUGAUCCUAAAGAACGUUUAAAACAUGCAAGAUUUCCUGCCCCGACAACCUGACAACUCUGGCUGACUAAACAUAGAUGUAGUUGAGGGCCAAAUGUUUCAAUGCAUUUUUGGUUUCCUAGUCCUCUCCAACCUCAGAAUUUGAAAGGUCUUGUAGGUGGCUUAAAUUCAAGGUCUUAAUAAUUCUCACAUUUUCUCGCAAUGUUUGAGGUUGAUUUCUGGUGCAUAUGCUUGAGGCAAACAAACACAUGACAUGGAUACAGCUUUACGUAAACAUGACCGAUCAUAUAUGCGUUAUUGGUGUUUCGCCGAUUUUCAACACUGUAUUUCAGUCUUUGCCGAUUUUUCUUAUGGUAUUGCGGUACUGGGUAUCCCCCCCCAAUGUCCCCCUCAUUAUUUAAUACUUUUUAAUCCUUUAACACUACUUGAAGCAAAAGAAUGUCCUUUAAAAAGAUGGUCUUAUUUUAUGCGAUAGCCCUUCCACAUGGUUGCAAAAAUAUGAUGAUCAGUCAGUGGCUGACUAAAUGUAGAUGUAGUUGAGGGCCAAAUGUUUUAAUGCAUUUUGAGUUUCCUAGUGCUCUCCAGCCUCAGAAUUUGAAAGGUUUUAUUGGUGGCUUAAUGGAGGUACACUAUGUAAUACAGAUGUCUGGCGAGUGUGGUGGUAGAAGAAGGUGAUGGUGGGUGGUGGGGUGGUGGAGGAGGUUUUGAAAGCAAUCAGGCAGUGAGUGUUUUUACUGUUUUUUAAAGUAGAAGAGUGCCCAUCUUUGAGUAGGCAGGGAAAGUUGGGUUCGUGAGUCAGCUUUUUCAUUUUGCUUAAAGACAGGUACUGUGUUCAUAGUACACUGGUGCCAGUACUUGGGUUCUGGCUUCUAAGGAAACCCUUGAACUGAAGUAGCUUAUGUCAUUCCAGUCACUUGUAAUGUAUCGAUGGCCAGUUUCCAAUCCUCUAUCAGUUGAAGCAGAGAUGUUUCACAGCUAUGUUUCUUCCUGUACUCUGUCAUUUUGGAGUACAGAGUUUUGUUACAGUGGCAUAUCACCUGGUGACUUAAUAACUGUUCAAAUAUCUUGUCAACUGCUGUAAGGGAAGUAAUAGUGGUGGCGAUAGUUUUUUGCAUCUUCUCUAUCUCCCUUCUUAAAGGCAGGUGUCCAUUCACCCAUUUUCCUUGAAAUCGGCCAUUCACUCUUCUCUAUUACUAUACAUUGUAAAGGUUGGUCAGCAAUAUUGCUUUUCCCUUAGCCACAUUCUUAAGACGUUUUGGUGAGAUCCAGGAGUCCCAUCCUCUAGAUUUCUUUGAGUUGAUAUUUUCAAGUGCCUGCUGCACUUCAACCACUGUUACAUGUUGUGGUAAUUUAAAAUCACUAUUGUUUUCUUUGUAAAUGUCUCAUAUGUUCUUAACUAACUGUCAUGUUCACUGUGAGAUUCCUCGGUCAGACUACUGACGAUCUCCAGUAUUUAAUGCUGUGUUGGUAAAAUAAUUGGCCAGCAUUUAUACCACUUCAUUUUGAUCCUUUUUGACAUUGUUCUCCUCAGUUUUUAGGUGUAUUGCUGUAGAUCUCUUGCCUUUGUUGCUGAUAAAAGGUGUGAAAGUGUCGUAGAACUUUUCUGGUCUGUGCUCUUCUGUCUCCUUCUUCAAGGAACAUAUUAAACGCAAAAAAACACAAGAGGAACACAGCUGUUUCUGAUCCAACUCACCUACACUUCUGACUAAUGAGCAAGUCAGAUAGCUAGUAUCUGUGGUUGUUUCACAGAAUGUUUUAAAAAGAGACCAACCUCAACCAUGCAUUGUGUAUGCAAAAUGUACUGAUCAGUGUUUGGUACUUCAAUAAAGAGGCAUUUACAAAAUUUACUUUGCAGUCAAACAAUAUGAAUGACAGAUGAUAUUUGAGUAGUUGUUUUAACUUUAACAGUAUUUGUAUUGAGCUUUAAUUUGCUCAAGUUGGUUGAACCAUGAGUGUCCGCAAUCCUCUCGUAAGAGUUUACUUUAAAACACAAAUCAUGUGUUCGUGAUUUCAGUUGUUUAUCCAGCAAUAAAGGGUUUGUUUUGACCUCAGCAUUUUAAUGUGUAAUUUCUCUUCUACCACAGGCCUAUAAUGUUUACAUCAAUGGCUCAUAUCAUUGUGGCAUUAGAUUCUCUGAUUUGUAUCAGUUCAGUGAGCAGGUAGGUACAGCCUGAUGACAUCCUUUUUGUCAUUGAUCAAUGAGCCAUUAUAUUUGUGAUCAAUUAACAAAUUGACUGCGUGGGGCUCGUGGAUCCACAACACUUUGACAAUGGUAUGACAUAAUUUUAUCAUCAAUUAAAAAAGCUGGUGUCAAUUUGUUUUUGACAAUAACAAAAGCUUGAAACAGUCAAAUUGCCAGUAAAAAUGAAGAAAACACAACAAAAUUUAUGACUUUUUAAAACUAGCUAAAUGUUAUUGUCAAUAAUAUUAUGUUUUCUUGCUUGAUGAUUGGCUACUGAAGUUUCAUUUGCUAAAAAUAUGAUAGGUUGAGUCACUCCACUGCCUUGUGUAAAUUAGGAAUUAAAUUGUUUUCCAAACUUUAAAACAAGAAAUGAGAUCAGCUAUGUUUUUUGUCGUGAAAAAUGGGAGUACAGUAUAAAGUCGUAAACUAUUCCAGUAGGCAGAAUUGAUCGAACUAUAUAAGGAACUAGGCAAAAACAUCGAAGUUCUGCAUGACUGCGUCUUGCAUAAAUAAAAAUUUUGUGUCUGUCCUCUUAUUGAUGAUAAAAAUUAGCCAAUCAGCGCCAAGAAAUAAUUCAGUUUUUGUAAAAAGUGUAAUUGAUACUAUAACUAUUGUUUUAAAAAAAUAAUAACGGGACAAUGCUCUGAUGUUUCGGCGACAUCAUGACGCCAUCAUCAAGGAAUAGAAAUAAAAAUGCGAGUUCAAAAGGUGUUAAAGUACUGUAAAUUUGCAUGAAUGAAAACAGCUAAACAAAGACCUUAGCACUUAUUGAAUCCAUUUGCAUGUUCAAAGGCGGUCUUAACCCCUUCCCUGCCAUUGAUGUAUAAUUAUGUAUGUCAUGGGUUGUGUGACUGAAUGACCCACAACGUAAAUAUACAUCAUGGAUGCAUACUAUUCCUGUAAAGUGUGGUUGUUGACCUGAACAAGACCUGUCUGGUAAAGAACCGCUGACCAUUUACCCGCAUGGUUGUCCCAACUUUUAUAAUUUUCUCUGUGAAAACAAAAUGGCGUCUCACCCUCGUGGCCGAGUGUACUCACCUGACGAAGUUCUGAAUGAAAUAUUUGCUGAUCCAGAUUCUGAUUUAGACAAAAAUAGUGGUGAAGAAGAAUAUGAAGGAGAAAGUUCCCCAGAGGAGCAUUCAUCCAGUGAAGACAACAUCGAAGGGAUUGGAAAGUGAUGUGUCGGCCACAGCCAGUGACAACAAUCAACUACAACAACAACCAUGUGGAAUUGAUCAUGACCUGUACAUGGUAUUUACAGGAGAUGUAAUUAUUGUUUUUUCAUCAAACUUGAAUUUUAUUAAUAAUCCAAUAUGGCCGCCAGUUGGUUGGUAUAAUAUGGUGUGGCAGGGAAGGGGUUAAUUGUUUGAUGUAAAGAAUUUCAUUAACGAGGCAGUUAAAUUUGUUCUUGAGUUUUUUCAGCACUCUAAAGCAGCUGAGAAGGUCCUCAGGGAUGGCAUCUGUGUGGUCUUUAACUGUUUUCAUUCAUGCAAAUUUAGAGUACUUUAACUCCUUUUGUACUUGCAUUUUUAUUUCUCUUCCUUGAUAAUGUCGUCAUGAUGUCGCCAAAAUGUCAGAACAUUGUCACGUUGCUUUUUGCAUGUUUAUAACUAUUGUUAUUAUUAUUAUUAAAUUAUUAAAUCAUCCUAUUAAUAUUAUUAUAGUUACUGUUAUAAUAACAGGAAUAAUUAUAAGUAAUAAUAAAAAAAAAUGUUUGCAUCAAGCCCACUAACUGUCCAGCACCAUACAAAAUAUUUAUGAUUGUUUAUUAUUUUUAUUGAGCACUGUUUAUGUUGUAAUUCAUUUAUUUUGACCUACAUGGUAUAAUAUUACAAAAAUCAGUUUAUAUUUUUAUCAAAGCACUGUUUAUUGUCACAUCAUGCACUUCAGUGAGACUGAAAUAAUGGGUAAUUGGGAAUAAUUCUUGUAGGAAUAUUGAUUAUAGGGUUAUAUUAGCAUCCACUUUACUGAUCGGGGUUAAACCUUCCUUUAGACUUUUACAUUUUUAACAAUAAUUUUAUUACAUCUCUUCCACUCUGGGUUGAACCAUUAGUUACUGUGAUGGUUAUUAAAGUUUUAUUAUUACACUGCAAAAUCAGCAAGAAUAGUCUAUUCAAAUGUUGAUUAAUCAAUGCCUAAACUUGUUCCAUAGCUGCGUAAAGCAUUUGGCCCUAGAAUCACAGCCAAGUUUCCUCCAAGAAAGUUGCUUUCUUUGACACCUGUACAAGUUGAAGAGAGACGGGAACAGCUGGAAAAAUACUUACAAGAAGUUUGUCAGGAUCAUGCGAUUACCUUGAGUUCUCUCUUUACAGGAUUCUUUCUUAAUGCUCAAAAGGUUUGUUUCAAAUUUAGUAUGAAUACGCAGGGGCAAAGGGGGUGAUGGCAAUAUCACUUGAUAUGUUGAUCUGCGGAUUAUUUCUUCAACUCACCCCUAGACAAUACCCCGAUUUUUGCAGCUUGCUAAUCUGAUGAAAAAAACAAAAAACUAAAACAAAAACUUGCUUAUAGGACUUUCCAAGAUGUUACUUAAGUUGGGAUUCUGAUGAGACAUUUUAACAGAUUUGUGGAUGAUUCAGCCCGCGAUUAUUUUCUGAACUUCAGGUUUACAUUGUUGUAACUUUACUCUGAAUUAAAAGCUGUUUCAGUGGAGAGAUUUAUGAAAUGAAAGACCUAAACGUUGUUUGGCUUCUAUACAAAUGUCUACGUAGCCCAAUGUUACUGAUCUAGAAGCUAGGUUAUACUCUAGAGGGUAAUAAAUUCAUGAGAAAUUGACUUUCCUUAGAAUGCCUGAUGGAAAGGGUCUUGUUGUUUUGGUUGUUUUCUUCAAGGAAUCUUUAAAGGUGUCCUCAGAGAGUGUUCAGCUUGAUAUUUAUUUGAUGAAUGGUCAAAAGGUGGCGUUGAAUAUUCAGUCUACUGACAGAACGGAUGAUGUGCUAGAGGUGAGAGGCUUUGUUGAUAAACUGCCUCAUAAUAAUAUUACUGUAUCUUACUAUUCUCGUCUCUCUCCCACUUUGCUUGUUGAAAUUUGAUUAGUCCAGCAGUCACAUUAGUCAGUGAUUCUAUCAGUCAGAUCAGCAAGUCAUAAUAGGUUACCAGCUAAUCAGUCAUCCAUCCAGUCAGUUGUGAGUCAUUCCACCAGUCCGACACUCUUGAAACCAAAGAAUUGUUUAAAGAGUGUGCAUAUUGCUGUCAUUUAUUUAUUUGGUCAGCUGGCUAGCCUGUCAGCUGUCAAGUCAGCAACUGAUCACUUCAUACUACAUGUAUUUUAAGUAAAUUUGUCUCUCCGGGGACCAUGCCAGUCAAGUUGGUCAGUCAGGCCAAGCCAUACAAGUUAAUCAUUAAGACAAGUCAUUUGGUCAGCUGGUCUGUCAGUCAGUCAGCCGUACUGGUUAGUCAGACAAGUCAUUUGACCAGCUGGUCCAUGAUUCUUGUCAAUCAGUCAGUCAGAGCCAGCUACAGUCAGAUCAGUCUGUUGAUCAAAUCUGUCACUCAAGGAAACAAGUCUUCCAUUCAGCCAAUCAGGUCAUUUACAUCGUUGUUUGUAGCCUGUCAGUGGGUUAGGUCAGCUAGUCUUGUCAGUCUGUCCAUCAGUCAGUCAGUCACUCAGCCAUGCAAGCGAGUGAGUGAGUGAGUGAGUCAGGUCACUCAGCCAUGCAAUUAGGUCGGUCAGUCAGGCAGUCAGUCAAGUCAAGUCAGUUAACCAGGUGUAAUCAGCUAGUAAGCCAGUCAGUAAAGGUGUCAGUCAAUCGGCUAUCCAUCAAGUAUUUUGGUUGGUCGAUAAUAGUUAGAAUGUCAAAUCAAUGUAGAUUAACAGGGAGGUGGUUACGUCAGUCAGUCUGUCAGUCAGUCACAAGUCAUAGGUUUUUUAUUGAGGUAGAAAAUAAAUCUGUUAGGCUGUUCUUAGCCAUUGUAUCAGGAGAGCAGUUGAACAGUGAUGCAAGUAGUCAAGCUGUACUUGUAGUCUGUUGAAUCAAUCAGUUAUUUCAUAAUCAUGAAGUCAAGUCCACAAGUCAGAUAAUAUUAAGUAUUGUGAGUCAUGCCAGGGGAUCAUUGUGUUGACCAGUCAGUCAAGUAGGUAGAGCAGAUCCUUUGAGUCUGUCAUUUUUUGAGUAUAAAUUAUAAUGUAAAUAACAGGGCUGUCGCUAGCCCCAUCAUGGCUGGUAAUUUCCUGUGACUAUUUAUGAGGAUGACAUAUCAUGCAGCUUAAUUUGACAGGAAAUAAAAGGGAAAUGGAACCAAAUGAACUUCCUUGCUGUUCAAUUCCCUACCUAUGCAAAAAACCGGCAACUGGAAAUCUAUAUAGUGACAGCCCUACGUGUACAUGUAAAUAAUCAGUCAACUUGAUGAAUGUUUACUGUAUAUGUACCUGUUUGAAUCAAACAGUCUUUCAUUGUUACUUUGUUAGUAAGACAAUCAAGAAAAAAAUUUUAAACUGUGUGUGACUUUUUCUCAGGCACUGAUGACAGAAAUUGAUCUUAAUGAAGAACUUGUUUAUUACUUUGGUCUUUUUCUGAUCAAAAGAGCAGAUGAUGGUGAAGCUACGAGUGAGUAACUUUACAUGUACUUGACUUUUUCACUCUCUGAAGUGAUCUGUGGAGAACUGUAUGUGAUCUUAUUGAGUUAUGGUUUAUGUUCUUUUAGUUGUGAGAAAAUUUCAAGAGUUUGAAGCACCCUAUUUGACACUGAAGCAACAGUCAGGAACUUGUCGUGUAGCUGUCAGGAAAACGUAGGUCUAAACUAAUACUAAAUUACUGUCAUUUUAAAAAAAUAAAAAAUAAUGUUCUCUGUUAAAACCAACUUUGUUAUUCGUAACUUUCAAUAAUUAAUAUUUUCUUGUUUUACUAAAUGUAUUUAAAAGCCACACGUUCAGUGCUAGAGGUCACCUGAACUUCCACUAUCAUGAUCACACUAUGAUUUUGUAGAUCAGUGUUCAUUGAUAUCAUUUUCAGUGCAGCUAAUUUACUCUUUAAAAACUAAUGCACCUAUCAAUGUAAAUCCCGUGGGGGGGGGAGGGGGAGUACAAGUGCGGGCAAGGGGCAGGGAUUUGAUGCCUGAGACUAUCCCCUGUCGGGCUUUUGAUCGUGUGAAGUGACGCUGGGGUCGGGACAUUUGACUUUGACCGACAGAAGCCUGUUAUCAAUUCAGAAGAGGUUACCAAGUCCGUCCCUCAAGGCUUUCUGAAAGUCACGCUGUUGGAGAAAGGUAUGAAGUUUUCAUUUGUUUUAAUCACCAUAAUCCGAUACUUUAAACUGUCAUCUAAACAGAUAAUGUCUAUUUUGAGAAAGGUUUUAUCUUCAAGUUCCCAUUUGAUUGUAAAACUCGAUUGAAAUCGAAUUCCACCAUGAAAGUCAGAGGAUGUUUUACGGGUCACUGAUCCGACCUGUUCCGACAUGUUGAGCAGAUGUUAUAAAGCAUUUUACGUUUCAUUAAUAUCAUAAUAGCACAUUCAAUCUUCCUGGAGUGAUUUUGUUGUUCAAAAUAGGAGAUGCUAGUGGAGAGAGAAAAUACUUAAUUACAGCGAGUAAUUUAACGGAGCUUACGUUAAUCAUAAAUAAAAGUAGUAAGAAUGUACUUUUGAAAUAUUCUUUUAAUUUGUUUUAUAUAGUGUUAAAGUAUUGUUUGUUUAGAUUUUUUUCCCCUGGGGUGGGGGCUUUUUUGACACUUUUGAUCGACCUUUCGUUUCCCACCCUGGGGAAUUUGAUCCAAAAAUUUCAAAAUUUGUCAAAUCCCCACCCCUUGCCCGUACUCCUCCCCCCCAUGGGGUUUACAUUGAUAGGUGCAUAACAUUACUUUGGUUUGAAAGAUCAAGUUUCAGUAUGACAAUACAGUGUAGCUCAAUUUCCAGCGAAUAAGUUGUCUUGUAAGCCAUUGAAAUGGUGAUUUGGUUUACAACGGACAAAAAAUUCCUUCUUGGGGUAGCUGACAUGUUGAAGAUAGAUGUUUCAGUUGCUUUUUUUCAGUUGUUUUGUCUACUUUUCAGCCUGUGGGAUGCAAAAAUUGAGGAUAAGAUAGUUCAAGACCGAAUAGGAAUGAAUCUUUUGUAUGUCCAGGUAAACUUAACAGAUUUUAUCAUUGUGGUGAAGUGGGAUGGUCUACAAGUUUUGAAAUCUGUACUGAGACUGUUUAAGACCUGAAGUGCAUGUAUGAACAAGUGAAAUAGCUUUUAAUAUAACAAGAUACUUUGGUUAUAUUUCACAGCUAGUUGCAUAAUCAACAAGAAAUCUUGUAAUUACAGUUUAUUAAAAUUCAAUAAUGUGUGCAAAAACAACAAAAUUUUAAAGGCUAAAAGGCUGCUUUUAUAUAAUGUUGUUUUGCAAGUCAGUUCUAUGUGACUCCCUCGAUGGCUCCAACCCUAAAUUUACAAGAAAUUGUUCAGACGCUUAAAAAAUAAUCUACUCAGAAAUUUUACAAUUUUGUGCAUAGAUGUGGUUAGCUGUAAUUUAAGCUUAAAGUUAAACGCGAAACAAUGCUGAUCAGCAGCCUCCCAUGUCACAGGCAUAGGGAGUGGUCAGAGGUCUGCAGGGGGUUGCAGGGUUUUACAGCUCUGCAGUUGACUUGAGGUCAACUCAUUCGGGAUCACGUGAGCUUUGCCUGUUUCAAUUAUGCUCGGCGAUUUAGCUUCCUGCCCUCCCUCCCACUCAGAAUCUGUGGUAAGUAUGAGGUAACAGUAUUGUUGUUAGAGAUAUCUGCCUACAAGAGUGUCCAUAAGGAAAGCUUCCACUGUAUUUAAUAAUAAUAUUUAGGUUUUUGUGUUGUACAGGCUGUCAGUGAUCUGGACAAAGGAUGGUCAUUUGGCCCAAAGGAAGCCCAUAGCAAACUAGCACAACUCAAACAGAAAGGUGCCAAACUUGAGGUAAGCUAUUUUGUUUAUGAUUUCUAAUAAAGGAUAGCAUAAUUAUUUAAUUUAACUCUAUAAUCAAGUUGUAAGUUAACACCUGUCUUCUGACUAGUGGCACCUGCUGGUCCCUGGUGGCUUCCUUUGUCUUUUAUGGUCUUUCACAGGACUCAAUAUAUACUGGUUUAUACUGGAUUUUAAAGGUUGGAGCUUUUGUGUUCUUACAAUUUUCUCAGCCUUUAACGAUACUCUUCAGUUCAGUAAAAAUACAAACGAAAAAAUUAAGACAGGAAAUUGAGCGAUUGAGCAGAAACUAGUGUUGGGAAUUGGCUGAGAUUUCAUCAAUAAUAAAUAUAUUAUUAUUGCAUCACUUAAAGAUUUUGAUCGAUGAUUGAUUAAGUAAUCAAUUAUAAGCACAUCACAAGUGGUUGUGUAUAUUAUGUUAUGGUUCAGUUUUAUCCUUUGUUUAAUGUAUAUCUUGCUUUUUCAUGGCCUUGUUAUAUAUCAUGCAUUUAUAUUUUUUAAAUGUUAAUACCCUGAUUCACUCAAGGAUAAUUUUGACCUGCAACAUUUACACCAGCAGGCAUGAAACUGUAAGGUGUUAUAACUAUUACUGAUGGUUAGUUUACAAAAAAUGUAUUGUUCAAUUGAAGCAGUUUUGUCUUACUGAUAGCAGAUCCAGGAGAUCAAAAAGUAUUAUGUCUGUUUCUUGAUCAAUGUAUAGGUUACAGGUCAAAAUUAAUUUCAGGUUUAAAUUUUUUUUAACCUAGGUUAACGUUGAUUCUCAAUUUCUGUUUUCUCCUAGCCCAGGUAGUUCAUGAAUUAAAUUGAGUUUAAUUCUGUGAUCCAUUUUAUGAUUAAUAUUUUGUAUCACAGUUCUUACAAUUAGCCAGAUCACUGAAAUUCUAUGGAUACAUGCAGUUCAAGCCCUGUACAACAAAUUACCCCGAGGAAGACACAAGAGUUAUUGUUAGCAUUGGGGACAGAGAACUUAAUUUUAGACUUCAAACUCCAGAUGUAAGUUCUUGGAUCCUUCUUAUAAACACCCAGUAAUAUUUUUACUCUACCAGAUGUAUAUCCUUCAGGGGUUUGCUUUCCUGGACAAAUUAGGGCUUUUGUUUUUUAAGCCUCACCACCAAAUUUAAAUCUGAAAUGGAUUCUGGUAGUAUUAAAAUGGAAUGGUGCAAAAUUAAUGGCCUAUGUUAACCAGAUUACCGCCUUUUUAUGCUUUUGGGCUAGUAAUGUACUGAAAGGUUCAAAUUAUAAUGUUCUAUAAACCAUCACUAGCAAACCGUCAUAAUAAAAUCUGUUCUUGGUUUUUCUUUUGUUUAAAGCACAAAGUACAAGAAGGGAGCUUCAAGGUCACCAGAAUGAGGUGUUGGAGAAUAACGGCAACAGUGAGUUGUUCAAUUUGUUGAUUUAAUUAAUUAUUACUGGCAUUAAAUUUUGUUGAUGUAUUGUAGGUGUAUGUUGUACUAGUCAGGAAUCUCAGGGGGUUGAGGUGUACAGGGAGGCUGGGUUAUCAGAUUUCCAUGUACCGCAAGAACAUCUUUUUGUAUAUUGAAACCCAUGGUGCCCUACAAAAACCCCCUGUACACUGUAUACCUAAAAACCAUGGCUAAACCUGACUUAACCUUUUUACAGUGUGUAAGAGUUGCUUUGAUCUUUCUUAGAGGAAGGUAUCUCCCUCUUUCCCACAUUUCUAGGAAAUAUCAAUUGACUCUGUUAUAUAUCAGGUUAGCCUGUCUAGUCAAUACUGAAAAUGAAAUGGUGUGUUAGGACCAUUUGGUUGGUUGCAGUGAGUUAUAUUUAUUUUGCGUGAUUAUAGAGCGACAUCAAUGAGAAUGGGGAAAAAGAGGAACAUUUGGAGCUUGCAUUUGAAUACCUUCUAAGAAAAGAUCAGAUGCAAUGGAUAACAAUCUACAGUGACCAGGUAAAAGACAUAAUUAUUAUUUGUAUACUUUAACUCCAACAUCUUUUGGAAGGCUUGGGGACAUGUCGCCAGAAAGCUUUUUUUCUUGGUUAGGUCAAUAGACCACCUUUAGUUAGUCUAUUUAUUUCACUACAGAAAAAAAAAGACAAGAAUACAGAAAGUACACAGAAGCAAUGUGGUUAGGAAGCCCAAAAAGGAACCAUUUAUAAGGCAUCUUCUUUAAAAGAUGAAGUUCAUCAUUGUUCCCUCAACAGCUUGUGCCAACUACCAAGAGCCUCUAUCAAUCCCCUUCCCCACAUAUAAAAGAGUGAAAGAUGGCACUGAAUGGCAACAGGAAUAAAAUGACAAAAUUGGGCUGUACCACACCAAGUCUACUCUCUGCAUGUUCACGCUCGGCCAUUUGUUUUUUAUUUACUAUUUAAAUAGGCAAUUCUUAUGAGCCUUUGUCUUCAAAGCAUUGUGGAUGAGAUCCUUCGAAUCAAACAAGGAAAACCAGUCAAAAGGGUAAGCAACUUUAAGUUUUUCCCUUACAAUACACAAAUAAAUAGUAUGUACCUGUAUAAUUUUUUAUGUGUUAAUUAGGUGAAUGAUUAGGUGUAGCAUUGGUACUAAGGCCCUGCCCCGGUAAAAAGGUGAACCUCCCAUCUGCGUCUAGUGGGCAUUUAUAAGAGAAAAAAGUUGACCCCUUUGCCCGAGCCAACGGCUCUUGUGCAUGCUAUAUUUAUUGUCUCGCCUUGACUGAGUUGACCUGGUUAAGUGAGCCAAAUUGUUUAUGGAGAAAAGUUGACCUGGCAAGAAGGGAGACCGUACCAUCGCGGAAAGGUUACCCGGGUAGCCGGGUCAACCUUCUAGCUCAGCCAACUUUUUGCGGUUUCUCAUGUAAAUGGUUUGUUAAUGCCUAUCCAAUAUGGUUUUGGAGGCAGGACAAAAGCUUUCCAGCUUUCCAGAAUAUGAAAAGUUGGCUUGCCCACGGUAGCUUGGGUAGGCAUGCCGCUGACUGUUCUAACAUAGACAACUUUCCUCCAAAUAAACCGGGCCUAACCAGAUGGAGGGUAACGAGGAUACAGAAUCUAGGAAGUUGUCUGAUGUUUUGCCAGUUUCUAGCGAUCAUGGUCAGUUAGAUUAAUUGGGAUUGAUUUGUUAAUUAUUGAAAUAAAAACAUAUAUUUUUUCAGCCGAAAGAUCGCUCAAAAGCUAAAAAUGCAGCUGCUCCAGAUUUUCAGCGUAAUAAUUCCAUCUCGUCAGAGGCAUCAGCUGAGGUAGGUCACCAGGCCAACUGAUUUUAAAAUAUAAUAUUGUUGUUGUUUGUUUACAUUGCCUAAACAUUUCCCUAAACUACUUAAAAUUAUCUGAGAUGAAUUAAAAGAAUUAUCCUUAAAAUAUUACAUACAUGUAAGUCAAAGUAAAGAUGUGCAAAAUUCCCUACAGGCAUAAUGCUUGAAAAGAUCAAUGUUGAAACUGUUCUUGUUGUCCUUGUUUAACUUAUUCCAUGAUGCCAUAUUGCUUGAAAGAAAAAUUAUCUCUGCAGAGUUACUUCAAAGUUCUCCUUAAUUAAAUGCCGAGUCUAAGUGAUCCUUAAUUCUAUCUGUUAUUGUGACCUUGUAUAUUAAAAUGCUUAUAACCAACAUAGGCUAAAGGUAACUUGCAGCAAGGCCAUGUAGAAUCUUCUGUCAGCCAUACCAUCUUGUAAAUUAUAGGUAAUGUGAGUUACUUAUGAGCACAAGCUAAGCAUGCAGAGCUGCAUAACAUUCCAAAUUUAGUUAUUACAUGUACAUUUAUUUGAAUUAAGUAAGUUCAUUUCAUGUAGUAGUCAGCCAUUUAAAAGUGUUAAGGAAAAUACAUUGAUUUCUUUUUGUUUUCAUUAGGGUGAUACAGAUCAAGAGAGCAAAGUUGUGAACAGUAAAAAUAAUAACUCUACCUCUCCAUCAACAAGUCCACCAACUUCUCCUGGAAGAAAAGUUGCUUCCAGACAGGUAUGAACGGUAUAAAUGUGAAUCUCAUUUCAUUUUCUGUUUUCCUAAACAAACUGCCUGAUUAGGACUUGUUUGGAGAGCAAAGUUUCUUCUUUAUCAGGCCGUCAGUAUUCUAUUUUUUUUUAGCAUGGAGAGAAAUAGAGACAUCUCACCUUGCAGCAUUUCUACCUCAAAGUUGGGGUUCCAAGUUAUGCAUUGAAGGCCACUUGUGGCAUUGUUUUAUUUCACGUUCCUCUUAAGUUGCUGUUAAUGAUUUGUGUGUUUAUUCCCUUUGAAGAAUGUUUCACUGCCCUGUUCGCUUGCAGUUUUGGUAGUAUAGGGGGCAGCGUGGCCAAGCAGUUAGAGCCCUGGCAUUGGUUGUUCAAAGGCUGGAUAGUGCUAUCCACCGGAUAAAUCUCUAUCCAGUGGAUAGUGCAAUUAGUUUCCCCAAUACUUAUCUGCUGAAUAGUGACUUAAUAUCCGGUGGAUAGCGCUAUCCAAUGUUCUGGACUUGAAAUUUGGAGACCCUGAGUUGAAGCCCCACCCUGAAGGCUAGCUGGAUUUGUUGUCGGUAUUCCUGUGUUCAAAUCCUCGACCAUGCUUGUAAAUAGCCAACUGGUUUGCUUCUGGCCAGUUGGGAUUGCUAACCCCAUUAUGUGUGAUUUAAAUUAUUGGUUUCAAGGAUUUGCUGUGGCCCCACUAGCAUUAGUGCUAUAAAUACUGCUGAGGGUGAAUAACGGAAAUUUAAUAACAGAAUAAGAUUUAAUACAGCUCCUGUUUAUUGUGAAUUAUAAUUUUUAAAUAUUUCCUGACAGGCUAAAACUCAGGUAACCAAGCAGAAGCUGCCUCCAGCCACUAAUGGUGCAGCCAUGACAACAAAUGAAGUGUUUGAAGGGAUUGGAGAUGAUGAUCUCUAAGCUGAAUAAUAUGGUUUUAAUACGUCUUCCCUUAUAGAUACUGUGUAUGCUUUGCUAACAAGGGAGGGCUGGAAAGUUAUUAAAUAAAAUAAAUAAUAAAAUUUUAGAAUUUUUGGAUAUUUUAGCUUUCACGAAAAUAAGUCUGUUUCUAUUAAAAUGAGUGAGGGACUGGGUAAAAAGGCCUAUAAAGUAACCAGAUUUGAUUGGAUUUCUUUGCUCUUUUUCUUUGCUUGAUGGACUAAGAAAAACAAACAGACUGCUUGUAGACUAGUUGACAAGUGAAUCCACAUACCACUUGUAAAAGGAGCAAAGCUUAAUUCAGAUUGUAAAAU